GUGGUGUUCCCGCCAUCAGUCCCAUUGUCCCCGGCAUUUCCAGGAUUGUAAAUGGAGUGAAUGCCAUCUCUGGAUCUUGGCCAUGGCAGGUGUCUCUGCAGACCAGCACUGGAUUCCACUUCUGUGGCGGCUCCUCGUCCACCGUCAGUGGGUUGUCACUGCUGCCCACUGCGGAAUCACAACUGCUCACCGUGUGGUCCUGGGUGCAUAUGACCUCACCUCCAAGACUGAGCCCAUUCAGAUCAGGGCUAUCAGCAAAGUUCUAAAACACUCCCUGUACAACACCCAGACCAACGCCAAUGACCUCACCCUGAUCAAGCUGGCCACUCCCGUCACCCUCAACACCCGCGUGGCUCCAGUGUGUCUUGCUGCCACCAAUGCUGUCUUCAAUGAUGGAGAAAUAUGUGCCACCACCGGAUGGGGAUACAUCAAUGCAACCACAAAAAUCCUCCCAGCUAAGCUCCAGCAGGCAGGUCUUCCAAUCAUGAGCAACGCUAAUUGCCAGAAGUACUGGGGAUCCUUAGUUCAACCCACCAUGAUCUGUGCCGGGGCCUCUGGCGUCUCCUCCUGCAUGGGUGACUCUGGUGGACCCCUUGUGUGCAAGAGGAACGGAGCCUGGACCUUGGCCGGUAUUGUGUCCUGGGGCAGCUCUACCUGCAACACAUUUUAUCCUGUCGCCUACACCCGCGUCAGCGCCUUCACAGCCAUGAUAAACCAAGCUAUUGUCAAUAACUAAAGACUAUUCAAUAUUUUUUUAAUACUCAAUAAAGUAUCUCUGAACCCUU